AUGAGUCUAGCCGCAGUAGCAGGAGGUGCUACGCUGGCGGCGUAUCUGAACGCCAAGUUCCACGUCACCAAAGACAUCUCGACUCUGUACGUCGCAUGGAAAAGUAACCGUUCUUUUGAACAAGCUGCGGCCAAGGGUCUUGGAAAUGUCUGGUUUGUAUUCCUGGAAACAGCAAAGAAGUACCCGGAUAUGGCGUGCAUGUGGACACGGGAGGGAAUCUAUACCUACCGUGACGUCCAGCACCUCGCCUGCCAAUAUGCGCACUACUUUCUUUCCAAAGGGGUCAAGCAAGGGGACCUGGUGGCCUUUUACCUGCAGAACCGGGUGGAAUUUAUGAUUGCGUGGCUUGCUCUCUGGAGUAUUGGAUGUGCGCCCGCUGCAAUCAACUACAAUCUUACCGGGGAUGCGUUGGUGCAUUGCCUCAAGAUCAGCGGAGCCAAGCUUGUUCUGGUGGAUGGCGAUGAAGAAUGUCGCGCGCGCAUCGAGGACAGCAGGGAAGCUAUCGAAGGCCAACUGGGCAUGGAACUUGUCUACCUAGGCCCCUCGUUCACCUCGCAAGUAUCUACCUUUCCCACCACCAAGCCACCCAAGGAUCUCGCGCUGAACAUGUCGGGCGAGUAUCCGGCCAUCCUGCUGUACACCUCCGGCACCACCGGCAUGCCCAAAGGCUGCGCAUUCACCAUGGCACGACUGUACAGCACGCUCGCUCUCCGCCGCGGAUCGAUGGAGGACACCGACGGUCCCGGCGGGGACAUCUGGUACAGCUGCAUGCCCCUGUACCACGGCACAUCUGCUAUCGCCAUGAUGGUCUGCCUCACUACAGGCGUCAGCAUUGCCCUAGGCAAGAAAUUCAGCGUGCGCAACUUCUGGCGCGAUAUCCGAGACUCCCGCGCCACGAUCUUUGUGUACGUCGGCGAAGUUGCGCGGUACCUGCUGGCCGCGCCGCCCUCGCCGGACGACCGCAACCACCACGUUCGCUGCAUGUACGGCAACGGACUGCGACCGGACAUCUGGGAGAAAUUCCGCGACCGGUUCGGGAUCGGUACCGUGGCGGAGUUCUUCAACAGCACCGAGGGGCUUUUCGGGCUGUUCAAUUUCAACAAGGGCCCGUUUACGGCGGGGAGUGUCGGUCACCACGGACUGAUCAUGCGAGCUGUCAUGCACAACAUGUUUGUGCCUGUGGCGAUCGAUCCCACCACCGGCGAUGUCCUGCGCGACCCCAAGACGGGGUUUGCGAUCCGGGCCCCGUACGACAAAGGCGGCGAGAUCAUCGUCAAUGUUCCCAGCGAACAAGCAUUCCAAGGCUACUGGCGCAACGAAAGCGCGACCUCCAAGAAAUUCCUGCGCGACGUCUUCAGAAAGGGCGAUCUGUGGUAUCGCUCCGGCGAUGCGCUACGCCGCCAGAACGACGGCCGGUGGUACUUUCUCGAUCGACUGGGCGAUACCUUUCGAUGGAAAUCCGAGAACGUUGCAACCGCCGAAGUGGCCGAAAUCCUAGGCCAAUACCCCGGCAUCCAAGAAGCUAACGUCUACGGAGUCCUGGUCCCCGAACACGAGGGCCGCGCCGGCUGCGCAGCGCUCCAGCUCAGCCCGGAGGCGGCAGACGCAUUCGACUUUCGCGGUCUGGCUGCGUUUGCACGCGCAAGACUGCCCCGGUACGCUGUUCCAGUGUUUCUACGGAUCGUGGAGACGCCGGCGCAUAUCCACAACCACAAGCAGAACAAGGUGCCCUUGCGCGAGGAGGGGGUCGACCCAGCCAAGGUUGGGAGUAAGGUGGCUGAGGGAUGGGAUGACAAGUUCUAUUGGCUUCCGGCGGGGGCGGAGGAAUAUGUGGAGUUUGGGAAGAGGGAGUGGGAGACGCUGGUGGGAGGUGCUCGUUUGUAG